GUACAAUAUCUUGCCGUGCACGUCACGGAUCCGCCUUCCAUACACGUCGUCCUGGAUCCGGGUCCCUCAUGGGCCUCCAUGGAUCCGGGUUACUCCUACGUCGGUACGGAUCCGGCUUACUGAUCCUGGGCCGGACUUCUUCCUUCAUGAUCAACAGCAACUGGGCCGCCCGAUGGGCCACAUGCCUCAUCACCGUCUGUGGGCCACCCGGGCUUGCCGGAUCUAGGCACUGUCGAUGGUACACCCAUGAAGUAUACCCACAACACUACCGCCGACUAGAGCACCUCCUUGUCUGCACAUACUUUGAUCCCAAUAAGGCUUACCAGCAGUCCACCAAGGAAAACCGUCGUGCGCAGAUUGCCCAAGCUAUUGCUUCCGAAGUGUCAGUAGUCCCACCAGUUCGGCUAGUGACACUGAUUACCCAGGCUUUGAAAUGGCAACAGCACCAAGGCUUGUUACCACCUGGCACCCAGUUCAAUUCAUUCAGAGGAACCGCUGCAAUGAAGCAAGAUGAAGAAGAGGCAUAUCCUACUACUUUGUCACAUCAAAUAAAGUUGGGGAAGAGAACCCAUGCUGAGUGUGCUCGAUUCUCACCCAAUGGUCAGUUCCUUGUUUCAUGCUCGACGGAUGGAAUCAUCGAAGUACGGGAUUAUACUAGCUGCAAGCUAACAAAGGAUCUUCUGUAUCAAACCGAUGAAAGCUUUAUGAUGCAUGAGGUGGCUGUGCUCCGUGUUGAUUUUAGUAGACUGUCUGAUAGACUUUCAUCUGGAUCAGCGGAUGGAGAAAUUAAGGUUUGGUGUAUUCAAACUGGUGAGUGCUUGCAGCGGCUCGAGAAUGCACAUGAGAGAGGUGUUACAAGCGUAACAUUUUCACGUGAUGAAUCUCAGAUAUUGAGUACCUCUUUUGACACUACUGCAAGAAUCCACUGCCUUCAGUCAGGGAAGAUGCUAAAAGAAUUCAGUGGUCACACCUCAUUUGUGAACAAUGGCAUCUUUUCUACCGAUGGUACUCGUGUUAUCACAUCUUCAAGUGAUCGUACUGUUAAGGUAUGGGAUUUGAAAACAGCAGACCUUUUGCAAUCAUUCAAGCCUCCUCCUCCUUUGAGGGGAGGAGAUGCAGUUGUUAACUCUGUCCACUUAUUUCCAAAGAACAGUGAUCACAUUGUUGUCUGCAACAAGUCUUCGUCAAUAUUCAUCAUGACUUUACAAGGACAGGUUGUAAAGAGUUUCUCGUCUGAACGGGAAGGAGAUUUUGUUGCAGCUUCAGUUUCACCGAAAGGAGAAUGGAUAUAUUGUGUUGGUGAAGACAUGAAAUUGUAUUGCUUUAGCCAACAGUCCGGGAAGCUGGAGAAUCUAAUGAAGGUCCAUGAAGAGGAUGUGAUUGGCAUUGCGCACCACCCUCACAGGAACUUGGUUGCCACCUAUGCCGUAGACUGUAUGAUGAAGAUAUGGAAGGAUUAAGUAUGUUCAUUCAUCUUUUCUGGUCAUGUAGCUUUUUUUAUUUGUCGAGAUCUGAUCAUGUAGCUUUUAGGGACCAUAUUAUCCAGCCAUGUUCCAAGUGCUAUUUAAGAGGAUGUAUUUGAUUUGUGUAACGUACAGAACUUGGUGGCGACUGAAGUUCAGUAUAUUUUCAUUGUAUCA